UAUUUGGACAAGAAGUUGGGAAAUGCUGGAUUCGGUGGCACUGCUCUUUGUAACCUAAAACCAGGCCAAUCGCCGCCGGAGAUCUGAACCCAGAUCGACCGUAAUCCCAGAGGACUUUACCGUGACCAGAAACGGAAAAGGUCUGCGGGCUUUCGUGCUUUCUCUGGUGUUUUGGACAUGGAGACUCAGCAGCCUGAGGACCGACCCGAGACUGGAGAAGAAGUGGGUGCUGCUGCGGAUGCAGAACUGGCCAAAGCCAUCAUGGCGCGCCAGUUCCACCCUUCUGUCCUGGGCCCAGAGCCUUGGGAAGGUUACAUCUUCUCUGACCUGGAGAUCCGAAUUAAAGAAUCCACAGACCUCUACGGAGCUGUCCUCUGGCCCUCCGCGAUGGUGCUCUGUCACUUCCUGGAGACCAACUGUGACACGUACAACCUGAUGGACAAGAACCUGAUUGAACUUGGUGCAGGAACUGGUCUCGUCUCCAUUGUUUCCAGUCUACUAGGUGCAAAAGUCACGUCCACUGAUCUCCGAGAUGUUCUUGGCAACCUCCAGUGCAACAUCUCCCGCAACACAAAAGGACGAUGUAAAUAUACGCCUCUGGUCACAGAACUGGUGUGGGGCCCAGACGUGGAGCAGAGGUUCCCCCACAGCACGCACUCCUUCGACUACAUCCUGGCUGCAGACGUGGUGUACGCCCACCCCUACCUGGACCAGCUGCUGGACACCUUCACUCACCUGUGCCAGGGGAACACGCAGAUCCUGUGGGCCAUGCGUUUCCGCCUGGACGCAGAGAACAGUUUUGUGGAGCGCUUCCGAGAACGCUUCCACCUGGAGGAGCUGUACGACCUCCCCAGUCUCAGCAUCAAACUGUACCGAGCCUGGAGGAGGGAGGAGGGCAGGCAAGGUGGACAAUGACGUGAUCCGAGCACUUCCAGC